CAACUAUAUAACACACGUCACGAAUAAGGUCACAUCAAGGCCCUUGUGCAGUGGAGACAAUUUUUGUGUACGUGCAACAAGUCUGACAAAGCUUGAUUUUCGAUGCAGUCGUCAGCAUCUGACGAUGAUGUGAAUUAUGAUGUACUGGUAUAUAUAGAUCCUACCAGCUGUAUGGAGAAAUUUGGAAAUUUUGGCAUUUUCUUGACUGACUAAGCCAGACUUUCUGAGGGACACUUUUUAACAAAUGAAUAAUUAUCUUGAGGUAGCCUGUCGGAAGGAUGUCUACUGUCACUACCAUGGAUAACACAGGUGGAUGUUUCUUAUCAGUUUCAGAUGAAAGAAGAAAAAUGGCAGAGAUUAUUAAAACUGUAUGCCUGAAAGAAGAAGAGACUUUUUGCUGUUUGAUUCAGGAAGCAGAUUUCAGAUUACUGCAGAUGGAUAUGACAUGGAGGUCUCAUGACACUUUCACAAGAGAUGGGUCUCCUGUAUAUCUGAGAUCAGCAUUGAAUGACUUUGAAAAAAUCCAAAAUGAUGACUUUGAGUUUGACAACAAUAAUGGCAGUGAAAUGUACCAGAAUGAUUUGGAAAUUUGUCAGAAUGACCUUGAAAAUUGCGGGAAUGACCUCGAUCCGAAAGUCCGGGAGCCAUUGUUAACAGACGGCUGUGGUAUUGUCCAUUGGAUCGCAGCAUGUGGCACACCUGUGAUGUUUGAUCAACUGUUAUCACGAUGUCCUCAAGUGGAUAUGAAGAACAGCCGCACACGAAAGUCCCAGUUACCUCCCCUGGUGUUUGCGGCUGAGGCGGGUAAUCUUGCUCUGGUGCAGAUUUUGUUGAAUAGUGGAUGUGAGGUUAAUGCUGUCGUCAGCAACUUCGGUCAGAGUACAGAAGAAAUCAUCGAACCACUCCUAGUUCACGUGUUGAAAAAUGGUGUCGUCAGUUGCCCUACCGUUGAGACAUUGCUUCAGGCUGGAACUUUUGACCUCAAUGCUGCAGAUUCGAGAGGAAUGACUGCCCUCAGAGUGGCCGUCACGGCUGGUAACCUAGGUUACGUCACAGCUCUGCUGUCAGCAGGAGCAAAUCCUAAUUACUCUCAGAUAACCCCACAGAUUGACCCAGUCAUCUUUGACGCCAUGUCCCGCGAGUAUGAUGACUCUGAGACACCUCGAUUGAGGAUGGUAGAAACACUGCUGGCCGCUAGAGCCGAUGCGAACUGGCCGCAUCCCAUCAAACAUGCACCACUAUACUCUGCCGCCAUGUUAGAUGAUCCUUCCAUAGUUGAGCUGCUCUUAAAAUUCGGCGCCGAUCCGGAUGCAAAAUCAGGUAAAACCGGAGCUCCGAUCAUCUAUUCGUCCUGCCGGAACUCUUUCCGGAUCGUGGAAAUGCUGGUGGCGGCCAAGGCCGAUGUGAACCUGGUGGACGGUCUGGGAUACUCGGCCUUACACCGGGCUGCGGGCUUUGGGUAUGAGAAAACAGCCAGGAUACUUCUUCGCAAUCCUGACUGUGACCUGGAGCUGAGAACGUCCAGUCAUCAGGCCACACCUCUGACGCAUGCAGCAGCCAGCAACAGUCUGGACGUUCUGAGGCUUCUGGUGGCCCACCCGGGCUGCGAUGUGGAUGCUGAAGACGUGAUGGGCAACACGGCUUUACAUUACGAAGCGAUAAACGGUUGUGUAGAAGGCGUGUUAACACUCCUGGACAGUGGCUGUGACCCAGACGCCAAAAACGUCACCGGAGCGUCACCUCUGUGGUAUGCCAUCUACAAGGAACGCGUCGCCAUCAGCAAGAUUCUCCUUCAGCGUAAGGUCGAUCUUUCAGUGAAGAGUCGAGGCGUUCAGCGCGGACAAGGGUCCAGAAAAUAUAUGGUAUUUAAUGUUUACGACCGCCCUCAGUCACUGCUCUGGGUGGCAGUGGAAAGGGCAAACUCAGAACUCGUGCAACUUCUCAUCAACGCUGGCCUCAACGUGCACGAGGAGCGCUGGAUCUUCACGGACUUCGCUUCCACUGGGAACACGGAUGAGACGCUCAGAGAAUACCUAACUGAUCUGAUUUCCCAGCCUGCCGAUCUGACCCAGCUCUGUAAAAACUUUAUUCUCAAACUGUCUGAGCGAAACCCUAACCGAUUACCGGAGAUACUAACCCUGCCUAAAUCUCUCCAGCGAUUCCUGACUUUUUUCUGAGAUUUCCAUGGCGUGUGCCUCAGGGACAGCUGUGCCAACGGGCUGAAUAAUGUAAACCAGGCGUUUUACUGUAUUUUGUUGAUAGUUCUAACUACCCCUUUCGUAUUACGUGACAAUGUCAGCGGUAAAAUUUAUAUUUUGAAGAUAUUAGACAUGUUAAAUUCUUAUGUUGCCAUGGUAGUUACAGUUAACCCGACCAGGAUUGGUUUGUUAAACAUGACCCAUGCUACGUAGACUUGAUUGACCUUUAUCGACUAAGGUUGGAAGGAAAGAUAUUGUAAAGUGCUGCUGUUAUGAAUGCUUCAUCUGAGAAAUCAGUCCCGGAAUGGUUCCCAAAGGCAGCGAGAAUGCCUGCAUAAAAAUGACCGCGUGUUUCAAGCUCGAGCUCAGACAGUGAUGUGUUUGGAAUGUACUCUCCUGUCCCGGUGACGGAAAUGGGGGUGACGAAACGAGGCCAUAGGAUUAAAGUAUGCGAUAAUACUGACUGGUGUGAAGGAAACUGGGUCAUUAUUGAUGUUAAUGUACACCUGCCAACGUAAUGAUCAUCUGUAUAUUGCUGAGAAAACUGUGCCUUAUGUACGACAUCCCGAGAUGUUCAGUCAUUUCUAAAGAGUAUAUGCUACAGAAAUCGUUACACCUUUAAAACAGUUGUCAAGUUUGUAUUUUAACAACUAAAAUUAGCUAAGCUUAUGUAUGCAUGAUGUUGAUGUUUUAAAGUCUUUAUAUUUGCCUUUUUGUAGGUGAUUUGUAUGUUUUAAAGGGUGUUUUUUUUUUAACUUCAUAUCUAGUCAAUUUAUUACCUGCUGACAAUUAUGGUGAGUUUUUACAGAGUGUAUGAAUUUAUGUAUUUUAUGUUAUGUGAUAUUCAGGAAACAAGGAAAAAGCCGUUUUUUUGUUCUGUUUUUUAUUUCUCAGCGACGAAAGUCGCUGGAGGCACGAUAUUUCUAUCAACGACCAAUUCAAAUGUUCCUUUGAUACAGCACAGAUAAAUGCCUUGAUUAGUUACGCUCUACGAAAGUUAUCUGGCUUUCUCUGUUUUUUAUUCCCAAAGUUACAGCUGUCAGUUCAACUUUCAGUCGUCACCAUUACCCGUCAGGAAAAAAGCUUCGCUCUGCUUGGUCGCAAGCAAAUCAGCGACCAAAAGUUUUUUUGUAUUCAAAGAACAUUUAACUUGGUCGAUGGUAGAAGUAUGGUGGCUCCAGUGGCUUUCAUUGCUGAGAAAUCAAGCAAAAACUACCUCUUGACGGUCUUUUCCCUGUUACCGGUUUUGUCCGACUAAACAAAAAGCCUACGAACUUACGGGUUUCCGGCAUCGUGUAGCUAAGUGAAAACAGGAUUGUUUGCCGCUUCAUACAACAAUGUAAAGCCUAAUGUGUCAGCUUUCAAACGAACGUCGUUUGGUUCAGACUAUUUUCCGUGUUUUAUGCCCAGUUAUGCAAAGUUAGGGCUUAUAUCCAGGCAUUGAAGCCUUGUACCGUGUUAUGUAUAUAUUAAGUAUGAAUGGCAUUGAGACGACUCUUCCCUGCACCUAUGCAACGGCUUGGGUUAGCCAGAUCCUCAAGCAUUACAAUUUCAUGUAAUUAUUAAGUUUCAUAUUUUUGUGUUGCAUUAAUAACGUGUGUAAUAAUUAUUUAGUUAUUUGAUUUAGAAAACAAAUGCACCAGUCUAAUAACAGGUCGUCAAUGGUCGAUCUGACUUUUUUUAGCCAGACAAAACUGUACGUACCGACGUUUUUUUAAAUUCAGAUGCUUUUGCAUUCGUCAUUACUCUGUAUACAACCCAGCUUUUGUCAAAGCUUCAUAUCAUUUACAAGAAGCAGUUUAACAGAAGCUACUACAUCUUAGUCAAACUGGGGCCUCCCUGGUACAGUUUCACGGGUUAUUAUCAAUGACAUUGAGUGUAUAUACUUUUUAUACAUGUUUGCAUUUUAAUAGAUCGAGAAUUUUUAUCCAGUUGAUUGAUAUAUUGAUAUUUUUUUUAAAUCUUGUGAUCUUGUUUUUUUAACAUCGUGUGUCAUUUGUGUGAAUUUGUUUGUUGUUACGACCCAAACUGUCUGUAUUAUAAAGAGAUGGCUUGUUCGAAAUACACGACAGUUUAGCCGCACAGAAAAGUAACCAAAACCAGCAGAUUUUAUUUUACAACAAUUUAUUAGCUUAAUAAGAACAGAUAAUAAGACUUAUACAAAUACUAAAGUACUUAAGUUUAACAAGACAGGAUAGCAGUAUCUAUACAAAUACUAAAGUACUUACGGUGUAAAGUCCAAACGGACGCAUAUAUUCCACAAUAUAUAUACCACACAGGCAUAAAUGCUCAGAGGCAAAUUCACAAGAGGGAAAAUCCACAGUAUAACUGAGUGUAUGACGAAAUAUACACAAAAUUCCACAGACAGGGUCCGUGUACUAAUAAGCACUGUGUAUACAAGAGCACAAAUUAAACAUACAAGUUCAGACUGAACAAGUGCUCGGUGGAGAUAGGAUAUAACAAAGCCAGAGGCUAUAAAGACACCAAAAUUCAGCACAAAAGGCCUACUAAAAUAAUACAAAGCGAAAGCAUCCAAAACUCUCAAUAAUUCUCCGUUCUCCGUUCUCUCCGUUUGACCUGCUUUCAUAGGUCUUAUAUAGUCUGGUGGAAUUGUCUAGAAUAAGAAAAUUCCUGAACACUUGAUGUAAACAAACAGGCGCCGAACUGAGCGCAUUCUGGAAUAUUCUAAGGUAGAGGCAGACAGCACUCCCUGAACUUAGCAUAUGUAAACAGUGGCAAGCUAUAUUUAGAAACUGACGGCAGUCGUGCACAUAACAUUGUGUUUUAGCGUGUAAUAAACGUUUGAAGAUAUGGAAGUUCGGAAUUGAUCGUUGUUUGGACUGAGUAGUGUGGAAUAAAUCCCGACCAUGUUCAUUGGCAAAUGACAUUAACAAAAGGGAAAGACAAGAAAUAAUAUAAUUUCAGAAUUGUGGUGGAAACAGACCGAAACGGCCACAGGCAUUUUUCUGACGUGCUUGGUAACUAUGUAAAUGAACUUUUAAUCAGGAUUUCUUACGAGACCAUGGGGUGGGCCAUGUUAGCGCAUCCGAGAACACGAUACCAUGGGGUACGCCAUGUUAGAGCAUCCGAGAACACGAGACCAUGGGGUGGGCCAUGUUAGAGCAUCCUGGAACACGAGGCCAUGGGGUUGGCCAUGUUAGCGCAUCCGAGAACACGAGACCAUGGGGUGGGCCAUGUUAGCGCAUACGAGAACA